ACACGAUGUUCUUGGAAGAGACUUCACAUGCUUUUACACACUCAAAGGAGGUGCAUUCACGGCAUAAUAAGCCCAAGAAAGCAAACACACAUGUUAUACCCGAAGACUACGUCUGCACCAGUGAAGAUUUUGCUAUUAUUGAAUCAAUCAUGUCUGCGCCUAAAAAUACUAAGUUCGUCGACAUCGGUGAUUCUUUAUUAUCUAAUGAUGACUUGAGAUGUCUUACACGUGAUGAUGCAUUCUUGCCAGGCGACGUUAUAAAUGCAUAUAUUUAUUGUAUAAGCGCAUGCGAUCAUCUGCGGGAGAGACCAGGUGGAAAGGUAUAUCUCGAUACCACAUUCGCAGCUGCCGUACUGAAAAAAUCAGAACAUCGCCGCGCCAUGAAACGGGUGCAUCUUUAUCUAAAGCAUGACAUGGUAAAAAUUAACUCACUGCCUAUGGAUCUCAUUCAUGUGUUUUGAAUAUGUGUAUUUCUUAGUUUUA